AUGUCGUAUUCCAAUGGUGAACAAUCCAAUUACCCUACUUCUUUUGCCGAUUCCGAAUCUCACGAGCAAACCGAGUAUUUGACAAGUGGCUCCUCCACUGGCCCGGGAAAUCCCAAUUCUCCUUCGAGUUCGCAAGGAUACUCUGUACGGUAUACCCCCAAUGGUAUAGAGGUGAGUAUUGGCACUGAAGGCGGUAUCCAUCCUGCGGGGUAUGGCGAGGAAGAUGAUCAUGUUCAGAUCCGGGGUCAAUGGAGUUGA